AUGGGGCGAUUCUUACGGACGUCUCCUACAGUGAGCACUGAGCGCGGACGCAGAUACGAGAUGGUACCAAGAGACAACGAAGAAGAAGAAGAAGAAGAAAAACAACAAGGACAUACACAUAUGCAGCAUCAAUCGAUAGAUGGCGAGACCACUCGUGUGUCAUCCUCCGUUAGUGUCACAAACGGCAGGUCGGCGCUCAUGCGCAGCGACAGUGAGACUGAAGCGGACGUACAGGAGUCGCAGCAUCUGACGCUGCAACGUCAGCAGUAUCAGGAGACUGUAGAGCUUCAGGAGAAGAAGGAAGAAGGAGGGUCGUGUUUGUCUUCUCUUGAAGAGACGAAAGAAGACAAGACAAUUGAAGAGCCCAAUAACAGUGACACUGAUGUAGAUUUAGACGCUAUUCACGUCCGUAUCUUGGACUUGAAUGGCAAGUUCUUUAAUAUUACAUGUCGUCUGGACUGGACCGUGUCUCACAUGAAACAGAAGGUGCUGGAAUGCACGGAAGUAGCAGUGACGUCGCAGAGACUCAUCUAUCGCGGACGCGUAUUGGAGGAUAAUGCAUCACUUGACAGUUACAAGCUGGAGGAUGGACACACUAUUCACUUGUUUGUGCGGGCAGCGAGCUCACCCGAUCCCGAGAUUUUGAAUGCUGAACUAAAUGCUAGUGGGAGCACGAACGGAGGACGAGAUGACGGUGCUACGGUCGUAAAUAUAAACAGUGAAAUUGUGUCAUCGGCUGUCUUCCCGUCCGAUUCGGCCAGACGAGUGGACCCGUUGAUGCUGGACUCGUCUCUGGGUAAUUGUGCUCGCCGCGUGAAACUCUGGAGCUCCUUCUUGUUGAUUAUAUACACGAUGAAGGUGAUGGGUCAGUUUGCGCUACUGGCGAAUGAUCAGCAGCGUGCGGCUCAGCAGGAGCAGGAAGUUACGGGGGCUAGUGAAACUGAUCGGUCCAUGCGCCGCUACGAGAUUCCACAGUACUACACACCAGACCCGCUUAUUGGUAGUAUUGAACUUAUGGUGCACUGUUUCGGUGUGUAUGUGGGCUGCGUUGGCUUCAAGGCAGCACAUGACACAGAUAUUCGCCCAAUUCGUUUCUACUGCCGAGGUGUCGUGUGGCUCGCCAUUCUUACAGUAAUAGAGCAGAUUUACACGACUGUACAGAUUUUCGAAUCUGACUUCCCCACGGAGCAAGUGCAUUACCCCUAUGGCGGGCAGGGGCCCACCAAGGAUGAUAUAGUGUCAGCGAACAUUUUUCAGACCAUUAUGCUUGCGGCUAUGUGGGUUAUUGCCAUUCGCCACUCGUACUUGCAUCAGCGUGAGGUGUCCAUCUACAACCAGUCUUUUGCACUGGCAGCGAUGAAUGCUGCGCCUCCUGUGCACUUGCUUGAAGUGGUGUAA